CGCCUGCGCGGCCCCGCCGCGGCUUGGGCGCGAUGGCGCGGCCUGAGGGGCCCUCGACGCUGCCCGAGCCGCUGCGGCGGCGGCUCGUCUCCUUCAGCAGCUCCGUGUUCAGCGACAGCCACCGCACCGCGCUCGGCGACGGCCCCCGCCCCCCGGGCUUCCCGGGCUACCGCGCAGAUUGUGAAAUCCUUUCCAGUUUGCCACUGCAGAUGUCCCUCUAUUUCAAUGUUUAUUUCUUCCCGUUUUGGUGGCUCAUCACAGUUGCCAUCCUCUACAUGAAGUAUCCAGCCUUAUCAGAUUACUACAAGUUCAUCCUGGUCACUGUCAUGAUCCUGGUCUCUCUGACAGAGCUCAUUCGACUCUACCUGGGAUAUGUGGGCAAUCUCCUGGAGAAAGUCCCUGAGCUGGCUGGGUUUUGGCUCCUGACUCUCCUCCCGCAGUUGCCUAUAAUUCUCUUCUUGCUAUUUAAUGAAGGUCUGAAAAUCCACUCUCUGGAGCGAGCCGUCCACAUCAUCUUCGCCGCCUUCCUCUCCUUCCAAGUUGUGGCGGCGUUUUUCGCCCUGAGAAGGAUGGUGAACACUCUGGCCACUCGCUUCCGUCUCACUGAGUUCCACCGCCUGCAGGAGCAGCGCCCUGCGCCCGGCCUUUGCAGCCUGGCCACGGGCAGCGGCUCCCGGGGCUGGUAGGGCCGGAGAUCCUGCCCCGAGCAGCCUGGCUGCAGGGAGCAGCUCCUGGGGCUGGUAGGGCCGGAGAUCACACCCCGAGCAGCCUGGCUGCAGGGAGCAGCUCCCGGGGCUGGUAGGGCCCCGAGGGCCUCAAGGGGUAACAGAGCCCGGCCCAGUGUGGCCACGGUUCUGUUUCCAUUCUGCUGGGUCAUUCUUUGCCUUCUUGCCUCAGAGGUAUGAAAAAAAUGGAUCUCGCUCAAGAGCCAACAUUAAACCUCAGAGGAUGGAGCUCCUUUCUGCAAGGAUAAUCAAAGCCAAUUGCAUAACUGACCUGAGUGGAGUAUUUGUGGACUGAGUGGAUUUGGAGGGUUUUACAAAGUUGUGGCAUUUUUAAAAAACCAGAAGCCUUUUUCCCCACUGUUUGCACAAAAUUAUUUUGUUUACAAUAAAGCUUUU